UGGAGUCAGAGGGAAAAACAGGGAGAAGGGAGCUGCAGCGUAAAGAGUAAAGGACACAGCAUUCUUAGGAAAACUCUCCUUUUUCUUUCCUUUUCCUUGCUCCUUCCCUUCCAGAUCUCCGCGGUGGCAGUUUGUGCUGCCUCACCUCCAGCACAGCGUGCAGAAUGAAACGACUGUCACAGAAUUCAUCCUCCUGGGGUUCUGCAGCACCCCAGCCCUGCAGCGCUGCCUCUUUGGCCUUUUCUCUGCCCUCUGCUCUGCCACUCUGAUGGGAAACGCACUUGUCUUUCUGCUUAUCUGCCUGGACUACUGCCUCCACAGCCCCAUGUACUUCUUCCUCUGCCACCUCUCCAUCGUGGACAUCUGCUAGGCCUCCAGCAAUAUCCCCCAUAUGCUAAGGAGCCUCCUUGGACAAGGCAGAACCAUCUCCUUUGCUGGGUGUGGGGCGCAGAUCCAUCUUUAUUUAAUCUUUGCACUUACAGAGUGCGUGCUGCUGGCCGUGAUGUCUUCUGUUCGCUACGUGGCAAUCUGCCGUCCCCUCCGCUAUGCCCUCAUCACGAUCUGGAGGCUGUGCCUCACCCUUGCCACAGUUUUGUGGGCUUUGGCGUUCGUAUUUGGUACACUGCAAGCCUCUCUGGCUUUACACCUGCCUUUCUGUGGCCCCUGCGAGGUUGUCCACUUCUCCUGUGAAAUUCUUGCUGUCUUAAAGCUGGCCUGCACUGCCACUACUGCCGAUAAAGUCCUGAUCUUUGCUGUUUGUGUGUGCUUCUUCCUCUGCCCUUUAGCCUUAACCCUGAUUUCCUCCCUGGACAUCCUGGCCACCAUUCUGCGCAUCCGCUCUGCGCCAGGAUGGCACAGAACCUUCUCCACCUGUGGCUCCCACCCGACCGUGGUGGGUGUCUGUGGGAUACUUGGAAAGUAA